GUGUGUGUGAAUCUUGAACUCUUUUUACGCUUUCCCGGCGCUUUCGGGUGUUCCGUGUAUUCUACGCUUUAAAUCUCCUCUCUUAUUGCUCCCUCGGUACCUUCCUUUUAUUCGUCCUGUCAAACGCUAGGCGAUUGUCUUUCGCUGUGGUGAAUUCUAAUCGUUUCUUGGCAAAGUUGGAAACCUCAGAGGAGAACGCGUCCAUGAGCGCUCCCCCGUUGAUACGGGCUCCCAGCCCGCUGCCGUUUUUGGGAUGGACGAGCAGCCCCAAUACCGACGGAGGAGAUGGGGAAGGGGGAGGCGGUGUAAUCUCCUUCCAGAUCCAGAUAGGCAUGAGCCGGGAGCCGGUGCUGCUAGAUGCCGCGGAGCUCAACCUCAGUCAGGUCCGGGAGGUGGCCUGCUCCAUUAUCAACCAGAAGUUGCCAGAGUGUGGAUUCUAUGGGAUGUAUGAAAAGAUUCUGCUGUUUCGUCAUGACCAGACAUCAGACAACAUGCUACAACUGCUGCGUUCUGCCUCACAGAUCCAGGAGGGUGACCUGUUAGAGGCCAUUCUGUCAGCUUCAGCCACAACGGAGGACUUCCAAAUACGUCCACACAGCUUGUUUGUUCAUUCGUACAGAGCUCCAACUUUCUGUGACCACUGCGGUGAGAUGCUGUGGGGACUUGUACGGCAGGGGCUCAAAUGUGAAGGAUGUGGGCUCAAUUAUCACAAACGCUGUGCAUUUAAAAUUCCCAACAACUGCACCGGGGUAAGAAGGCGUCGUCUUUCAAAUGUUUCCCUGACAGGAGGAAUAGUUAAUGUGGGCCGCCCCCUCUCUGCUGAACCUUCGCCUCCUCACUACACAGAGGAUGCUUUACUGUCCCCUGUAAGUCCCAAUGUUGAGAAGAACCAAUUAGAAUAUUACCCUGGCAGGGAGCGGCGAGCUAGCACCCAGUCAUACAUUGGACGCCCCAUUGAGCUGGACAAAAUCUUACUGUCUAAAGUGAAGGUUCCUCACACAUUCCUAAUCCACUCAUAUACUCGACCCACUAUAUGCCAACACUGCAAGAAGCUGCUGAAAGGCCUUUUCAGACAAGGUCUCCAAUGCAAAGAUUGUAAAUUUAAUUGUCAUAAAAGAUGUGCGCUGAAAGUGCCAAACAACUGCCUCGGAGAGGUUUCCAGAAAUGAAGAGCUUCUGAGCCCUGGAGCAGAGUCAGAUGUUAUGAUGGGGGAAGGCUGUCUUGAUGACCCCGGUGUUGACAGACGUGGUAGCCUCCUUGAUGACAUGGAUGAAGCACUAACUUUAGAGGGAGGUUUGAUGUUGGAGACUGGAGCCGGUGACCUUAGUGACUUGCGUGACCCUGACCUGGAUGACUCUAACCGUGCCAUCAGCCCGUCCACCAGCAACAACAUUCCGCUGAUGCGAGUUGUUCAGUCUGUCAAACACACCAAGAGGAAGAACAGCAAUGUGAUGAAGGAAGGCUGGAUGGUUCAUUAUACCAGCAAGGAUACUCUCAGAAAAAGACAUUACUGGCGUCUGGACAGUAAAUGCAUCACUUUGUUUCAAAAUGAUACAGGAAGUAAAUACUACAGGGAGAUUCCUCUGUCAGAGAUCCUGUCUCUGGAGCCCGCUCAGACGUUCUCUCUGCUUCCUGAAGGAGCCAACCCUCACUGCUUUGAAAUCACUACAGCAUCGUUGGUUUACUAUGUUGGAGAGAAUCUGUUAAGAGGCGACUCAUCUAUGACUGGUAGUACCAUUCUGGUCAGCGGAGUGGGGCCAGAUGUGGCUCGAAUGUGGGAAAUGGCCAUCCAGCAUGCACUUAUGCCUGCUGUCUCUACAGGAAUUUGCCACAAUUCCCAUCAAUGUGGGCACAAGGAAAUUUCAAUAAGUAUUUCAGUAUCCAACUGCCAGAUCCAGGAGAAUGUGGACAUAAAUUCAGUUUACCAGAUUUUUCCAGAUGAAGUUCUUGGCUCUGGACAGUUUGGUAUUGUUUAUGGAGGUAAACAUCGGAAGUCUGGUCGAGAUGUUGCCAUCAAGAUAAUUGAUAAACUUCGCUUCCCUACAAAGCAGGAAAGCCAAUUGCGCAAUGAGGUGGCCAUCCUGCAGAGUUUGCACCACCCAGGCGUGGUCAACCUGGAGUGCAUGUUUGAGACACUGGAACGAGUAUUUGUGGUGAUGGAGAAGCUCCACGGAGACAUGCUUGAGAUGAUUCUGUCCAGUGAGAAAGGCCGGUUGCCGGAGAGAAUUACGAAGUUCCUUGUCACACAGAUCCUAGUGGCUCUUCGUCAUCUCCACUUCAAGAAUAUUGUCCACUGUGAUCUGAAGCCGGAAAAUGUGCUUCUGGCUUCUGCGGACUCUCUUCCUCAGGUAAAGCUUUGUGACUUUGGAUUUGCUCGGAUCAUUGGUGAGAAGUCAUUUCGACGAUCAGUGGUUGGCACACCGGCAUAUCUUGCUCCUGAAGUCCUGAGAAAUAAAGGUUAUAACCGUUCUCUGGAUAUGUGGUCAGUGGGAGUCAUCAUCUACGUCAGUCUCAGUGGGACAUUCCCUUUCAAUGAAGAUGAAGAUAUUAAUGAUCAAAUCCAGAAUGCAGCCUUCAUGUACCCUCCCCAUCCAUGGAAGAAAGUCUCUCAGGAAGCAAUUGACCUGAUUAACAACCUUCUGCAAGUGAAGAUGAGAAAGAGAUACAGUGUGGACAAAACUCUGAGUCACCCAUGGUUACAGGACUAUCAGAUGUGGAUAGACCUAAGAAAUUUAGAGGGUCGAAUGAACGAGCGAUACAUAACACACGAGAGUGAUGACCUCCGUUGGCUCCAUCAUGCACAGAUCAGCGGCCUUGACUACCCCUCAGAUUUUAUCAAUGGUUUGUCAACCAACGAUGUUGAUAAAGGGAUGGAGCGUUACCGCGAGAAGGAGGAGGAGCUGGAGACCCUCAGCGAGAGGGUCAGUGAACUCUGAAGACAGUGUCACAAAGUAAAGUAAACCAGAAGAAUAAAGUUUUAACUGUUUCUGGAAGAGCAGUAUAAAAAACAUUUACAAACAUUGUAAAGCAGAUAUUUCAUUUCAUUAAAGUCAACUUAUUUUCUAUGAAAACAGGUUUUGUUUACUAAACUGCACAAAGGCAGUACUGACACUGCAAAACGUUUCAAAUGCUGACUGAAGUCUUUCUGUGUGGAUUUUGCAUUUCUUUCCUGUAACUUUAUUCCAUCUGAUUUUGGCUCCCUCCUAUAUACUUUACAAUGCCAUAAAUGCUGUACUAACUAGAGAUGCUAACCUUCAGAGUAAGGAUCUGGUUUAGUCCUUUGAUGGAUUUGUGAUGGUUAGACUAGAUUCCAAUUUGCUGUGACCCUUUAAAGAAGACUGCUCAUGUGAACAUAAGGUCUUCUAAUUAAGUUCUGUAAACCCAAAAGAAAAAAAAAUAAUAUAAAUACUUUUGUUAUAUAUCAGUUGAUAGUAACACAGAGAUGCAAUAACAACUAACAAAUUGGAAUUGAAUGGGAGUUAUGUGAAUGCAAAUUUAAAGUCAGAUUCAAAGUUUGGCAACAUACCAGCGUGAAAAAGUAUUUCUCCCUUACAGAUUUGUAAUGUUUUUAAUCUCUAGUCACAUUUAAAUGUUUCCUUAAACACAUUUUAAAUAACAGUUUUUUAUUUAAGGGAAAAUGUAUCCAGACCAACUUAGCACUAUGUAAAUAUAAAAUCUCCACCUUGUUAAAUCAUGAAGAGAACCUGUUAGAAAAAUAUGAAGUACUCCAAAAGAUCUAAAGAUGCAACACACCAUGCCAUGAGCUAAAUCUAUUCAACACCAGAUACAACAAUGUUAUUGAUUACUAUUAUUCUUUAAAGGGUUGGCAAACAAUUUCUAAGGCUUUGGGACUCCAGUGGACCAUAGCGACAGUCAAUAUGUACAUACAGAGAAAACACCUCAGAGACCACAGACAUCAUAUACGUAGACGCGUCAUAGGGCGCAUGUUCGCACGUCAACGUCACUGCCAUAUUGUA